AUGGGUUACGCAAGACGGAGACUGACGGAGACAGACUGGUUGCCAGGCCAGUACUUGAUGGAGACACAGGGCCAGGUAGCGGGUACAUUGGAUGGAACUCGCACCUCUCUACUCUUUACUCUCGACCAUCAGUAUAAUAGGUACAGUAUUGUGUUCCCUCUUAGUCUGUACCCAACGGAAUGGAUUCUGGUAUGUGCAGAUGUGCGUCUGCAGCCUCACUCCGGAGUAUCAGUACAGGCAGCACCAGUACCGGAUACCUUUUCACAAGUACACCCCCUGCACACUCCGCCCCCUGUUCGGUUGGUCUGUUCGCAAUUCCCGCCAAGCACGCCCGUGCGAGAACCUUUCGACAGGUACUGGGUACCGCAACGGCAAAGGACAAGCACCCGCACCGCACACAUGGAGCAUUGGAAAUAUGGAUAUGGAUAUGGAUAUGGAUGGAUGGAUGCCUUUUCUGCUUCACAUCGUACGCCCCCGGAGCUGCCACCGCGACCUGGAUGGGGGCUAGGCAAAACCCUGAGUCCCUACGAGUAA